CGCUAGGGGCCUAGCUUCGCUCGCUUGUAGGGGUGCGCUGAGCUACGCUUUGGCUCGAUUGGCUAGCUCCGCUCGAUUCGCUACGCCUAUGCAACACGUGUACGCAGUUCUUGUCGAAUACAAUCUCUUCCUGCUACACGGGACGGUCAACAACAACAACUGAGAAUGUGUCCCAGAUUAUGAAGCGUUGUGCCACUCCUUCAAAGAACAGCAUCUGAUGCAAUCGAGACAAGAGAUGAAGACGAGCAAUAUGUGGCUGGCUGCCUUCCGUAAUAUAGCCUCAGUUGCUGGCACGGCGUAAAACACCAAUAACACCCCCUCUCCUUUUACGAACAUACAUUCAACAAGAAGGGCGAGAUGGACUUCAAAAGACAUCAAAUGUGUCAAUAGACCAAAGUUAAGUCCGAAAUUCAUUGAAAUCCUCCCUACUCCUCCAUGAAUGACAGGAAAGGUCAUUGCUUGAAACCUAUCAAGCUUUAACAUCUAGAAGUGCUUGUCAUCGGACAGGGAAGCUCAGAGUUCCAAUCCCUUCAGUGCACAACAGCUUCGAGCAGCCGUCUUUUCUGUUUGAACUCUCGAAAGGAAACAAGGGGUGUCACAACAUCAUAAGAUGGAGGACACAGUUCAAGAUCAGCAAGAAUUUCAGCAGGAAGACACCAUGCCACUCCAGAGCACGGCCCUGCUGAACUCAGCUGCUGAAGCUGGCAGCUGGGAUGUGGUCAAAGAACUCAUUUCUAAUAGUGACCUCUCAGUCGAGGACAUCAAACAGUCAUUUCUUUUGCAGAAGCUGGCGACUGUUAGUGGUCUUCGUCAUCAGAUUAUAGAAGAAAUACUGAAGAAAUUGUUUUCAAGCGACGCAAGAGCUCAAACACUGAAAAAUAGUGCACAGACUGCUAUCGUUGCAGCGGCAAACUGUGAGAACUGGGACAUCUUCAUCUUGAUGAUACCCUAUACUCUCCUGGAUGAUGAAACAAACCUAUUGUCAGUCAUAGAAAUGGUGGAUAAAAGCCAGACACUUAGGUCAAAUUGGUAUAUGCAUAUAGAUGUACUAAGCACAGUGUGGUGGCAUUCAAAACAGAAGAUUCUCUACAGUACAGACAAAAGAGUCCCAAACACCUUGGUACAGCUGGCAGCGGAACUCAACAUGUGGUCACGUGUCUGUGAUCUUCUCGUCACCAAGCCUGACCUGAACCUUCUUGACAGGGAUGGUCUCUCAGUCCUGCACAGACUCGUCAUGUGUCCUGACAGCAGGUUUGACUCUCUUCUUCCUGUUCUUCUGGAAAAUGGCGCCGACUUCAACCUGAAAACAAAGAAAGGAGAAACGGUACUUCAUAUAGCGGCUAAAUAUCAAAAGGUUGAAUAUGUUUCUGAGUGUGUACAACAAGUGGACACAAAGGACUGUGAAAGUUUAACGCCAAAGAUUGCUAGUAAAUAUCACAUUAAGUGUGCGAAGUCAAAACAACAGAUGGUAUCAAACUUAUAG